AUGGAUGCCCAUGAUUUAUUUCAUCAAUUAACGAGAGGAGUGAGAUUUACCAAAAAACGGAAUGAAUCAAAAGCGCAGAAUGUUCCAUCAAAGUUACCCAAAUUUGAAGAAGAAUUGAAAAUAAAAGAUGAAGGUAUUGCCACCGAGGAAGAUGAUGAUGAGUUUAUGGAUGGUGAUGAAGAAGCCUUGGAGAAUUCCAACAGUGAAGCAGAAGUGAAUGAUGAUGACGAUGAAGAAGAACCACAGGCUUUCGAAUUCAUAUCUGGUGUGGCAAGUGCACCGAAGAAAUCGAAAAAGAAAAAUAAAACAGCCCUCACAGAGGAAGAGAAACAAAAGCAGCUGGAAGAGGAGAUGAUAGCAACAAUACGUAAAGAAAAUCGUAUUAAUGUGUUGGGUAAAAAUAUUCCACCACCCAUUACAUCGUUCCAAGAGCUCCACACCACAUACAAAAUGAAUGAAAGAUUGGUGGAGAAUUUAGUUAAUUGUAAUUAUGCUCAACCCACAGCUAUUCAGAUGCAAGCAAUACCCAUAAUGUUACAGGGUCGUCCGCUGAUGGCAUGUGCUCCCACAGGUUCGGGUAAAACCAUUGCCUUUUUAGCUCCGAUUAUAAAUGAUUUAAAGGCCCCCAAGAAAGUUGGUUUUCGGGCAAUUAUUCUAGCGCCCACUCGAGAAUUGGCCCAACAAAUCUAUCGUGAAUGUGUGCGGGUGUGUGAAAAGACAGCAUUGAAAAUACACAUUAUAAGCAAAGUUAAUCAAGCUAAGCAGAAAUUGGGUGAAGGCACUUCCAAGAAAUAUGACAUUCUCAUUUCCACACCAAAUCGUGUAAGAUAUUUGCUGCAACAAGAGCCGCCACUAUUGGAUUUGAAAUCCAUCGAAUGGUUUAUUUUGGAUGAAGCUGAUCGUCUUAUGGAAGAGGGACAAAAUAAUUUCAAAGAACAAUUGGAUGAUAUUCUGGCCGCCUGCACCAACCCCAAAAAGAAAUUGGCAUUAUUCAGUGCAACAUAUACUGUGCCGGUUGCCAAAUGGGCAUUAAAGAAUUUGAAAAAUCUUGCUCGUGUUACGGUUGGUGCACAAAAUUCUGCCACAGAAACAGUUGAACAGGAGUUGCUCUUUGUUGGUUCUGAAAGUGGUAAACUUUUGGCUAUGCGUGAUUUAGUCAGAACUGGCCUGAAGCCACCUGUAUUAGUUUUUGUACAAAGUAAAGAUCGUGCCAAGCAAUUGUUUGAAGAGCUUCUCUAUGAUGGCAUCAAUGUUGAUGUUAUUCAUGCCGAUCGUACCCAGCAACAACGUGAUAAUUGUGUUCGAGCAUUCCGUGAGGGUCAUAUUUGGGUAUUAAUUUGUACGGAACUUAUGGGUCGUGGUAUUGAUUUUAAAGGAGUCAAUUUGGUUAUCAACUAUGAUUUUCCACCAUCGACCAUUUCGUAUAUUCAUCGUAUUGGUCGUACAGGUCGUGCUGGACGGCCGGGUAAAGCUAUAACAUUCUUUACGCAGGACGAUACACCUACAUUGAGAAGUAUUGCUGAAAUCAUCCGUAAUUCUGGCGGUAAAGUUCCUGAGUUUAUGCUGAACAUGAAGAAACCCAAAAAAUCGGAUAAGAAGAGAUUAGCCAAUUUUGCUCCCAAACGAGAGGAUAUUUCAACAAAAAUUAAACCCGAACAAGAGAGACAAGAAAAACUAACAAAAGUUGAAAAGGCAUUGCAAAAGAAACAAAAAUCUCCAAAUGUUGAUGCAGAUACGAAAAAUCGUAAUAAUCAAAAAUUAAAGAAAAUACAAAAACUAAAAAAUUCCAAAACUGAAUUUCAAAACAACAAUAAAGGAAAUAAACAUAAAAAUCAACCUCAAAGAAAAGUGGGGAAAAAUCAAAAAUCUAAAAACAACAACAAGUAA